AUGGCGUCCAGGGCGCUCGCGCGCGCGCUCGCCGGCGCGCGAGAGGUCGUGGGCGUCGACUCGGUGCGCUCGUGCGCGACGAGCGCGCUCGGGCGCUCGGGCGCGGGUGCGCGGGCGAUGCGCGCGCGUUGGAGCGACGUAGGCUCGAGCGCGUUCGGACGCGGCGUGGGCGACGUGCGAGCGAUCGCGCGGUGGGAAAGCGCGAGCGCGCGGAUGUACGCGACCGCACUCGCCGAUCGCGGGGUCAAGGGUCAGCGCGCGGGGAUGUACGGGAUGGGAGCGUCAAUCUUGAAGCGCGACCGGGACGCGGACGGCGUCGGACGCAAGGGACAAAAGGCUGUCGUGAGCGCGAGCGAAGAGGGUUCCCGGGAGGCAGCGGCGGUGGAUGAGCGGUCGGCGGGUGAAAUGGCGAGCGCGCACGAUUACAUGCUCCCGGUGCGGGCGUAUUACGUCGGGAGCAUGAUCGACGUCCGGGCGCUGGCGAAGCAGUUGCCGGCGUACCCGAAGGAGUUCAAUCGCGAGGGAGUGAUCAUACGAAUGUCGCCGAAGAUGGAACAGGGAGAUAUGUCAGCACUCGACGGCGAUGCGCCGAUUCCUCCAGACAUGCUCAGUCGGUACUUGGUGGUGUUCAAGUUUGGAAGCGUGGUGUUUUAUAACAUGGGCCUUCGCGAGCGCGAAGAGUGCCUGAAGCUCGCUCGAACGUUUACGUCAACGCCGCUGCCAGUUCCGAUGACGGAUGACUACCGUGUUGUCGUUCGACCGGGUCUAGCGGACUGGGCGAGCCUCGAGAACGAUCACAUCGUUCUCAAGAGGAUGGAUAUCAAUAACAUUAGCGUCAUCUCGAGCGUCCUGGCGCAAACAGUCGCGUUGGAGCACUACGAGCAAAAAGUGGACGGAAUGGUGGAGAUUUUUAGCAAACUGAACAAGAGCACUGAGCUCACGGGUGACUUGAACAUUAGCAAGAAACGUCUGUUCUCUUUGGUGGCGGAGAACAACAACACGUUGACAGAGCUGAUCACGAAACUUGGCUUGUUGGGACGGUCCGACACCGCGUGGCAGUACGCGCAAUAUAAUCUCGUAUGGGAGGGACUGAGGCAGGAUUUUGAGCUCGAGGAGAGAUUCCAAGACCUCGAUUAUAAGCUCAAUCUCAUCCAGACUCAGGUGAAGUUCUACUUGGAGAUUCUCCAGAAUCGAAAGAGCGACGCGCUCGAGUGGAUAAUUAUCGUGCUCAUCUCGCUCGAGAUUUGUGUCAGCCUGUACGAUAUGUCCGAUAAGAUCCCGUCCAUCCCCUGGCCGCCGCUGUAG